AUGUCAACUUCGGCGGAGCACCCCACAGCGGGGCCGAAGGCGUUUGCCACCGAGAAGCCGCCCCCCGCCGAACUUAAUGGUGUCGGAGGCGAAGUUGGCGGAGGGAACGAGACGGGGCGCGCGGGCGGGAACGGGGCAGCGGCGGCGGCGGCGGCGGCGGGGGAGGGGGCGGGGGCCGAGAUCGGUGGUGGUGGUGACGGUGGUAGAAGCGGCGCGUCGGUGGCGUAUCAGCCAACCGGUGGGGCAGUGCUCGAGUUUCACAACUACGAGGUUAAGCCCGACGACGUCCUGGUGGAGCAAGGGCGACACGCCGUCAGCGUCCAAGAGAUGCUCAUGCGGCCCGUUUUCUGGCCCUUCUCCGGCCAGGGCGACGAGGUAUGCAGGUCGGUAUGGAUGCGGGACACGGGAGCAAGGCCCUACCCCCGCCCCAGGAAGAGGAGAGGCACAAGCGGGGCGGCAGCAGCAGCAGCAGCAACAACAACAACAGGUGGCGUGGGGAAAGACGCGCAGGAGGAUCACGAAGACGGAGAAACCGACGUAGACGAGGACUACCACGAAGGGCCCGUGGGCCUCGAGCCAUACCCGCUGCGAGCUGCGGCUAUUCUGGAAGACGCGUAUCGGUUCCUCGCCUGGUACUUGGAGUGCCGGGAGGGAGGGGGGCCUCCCCCUGGCGCUCGAUCGUCGGGCGAGGUGGGGGACAAGGGUGCUCGAGGAAAACCGGGUGGCGGCGGGUCUUUAUCGCCGACUGUUCUACUUACCGUACAGGUCGCCGACGAGCUGGUACAAUUCCGCUCCCUCACCGACAUCGUCUCCGUCAAGCGCAACCUGGGCAGCGCCUUCUCCCUCUUCGGCCGCCGCCGCGUGUUCAGGGGAGUUCCCGUAGAGGAGGAAGGGGGAAUAGAAGAGGGGGGGGGCAGGGACGAAGGAGAACGCGAGAAGAGGGAAGAGGACGGGACCGGAACCGGGCGCAACGAUGACGACGACGACGCCCCGCCGUACCCGGACCCUCCAACGUCGAGCGGGACACCUUAUGCCUCUGAGUCGUCCUUGGAUGCGAGCGAAGAUCAGGCCGUCACCGGCUCUUCUACCGAAUCUGAGCAAAGUCCAUCGUCGGGCCCGACUCACGCUAGCGGUUCCGCUUCCGGGGAGGGUGAUGGUGGAGAGGGGACGAGAGUUCAACGAAACCCCUCCUCUUCCUGUUCUUCACAGUAUGGUUGUCGGGCCGAGGGAGCCGAUAAGGUUGAUUCGGACCUGGAGGAGAGGGUGGAGCACCUGGUGCUUGUCGUCCACGGUAUCGGCGACGCAUUGAUGUCGGUGGACCUGGGCAUGGUCCAGCUAAGAUCGCUGGUCGAGUGCUGCGACACCAUGCGAGCACACCACGAGGAGGUGGUGUUGAAUUCCAAAGACUUGCGGGGGCUCCGCAAGAAGAAGGGCAUCCGCAAGAGGGGACGUGUCGGAGGCAGCGAAGAUUUCGGCGGCGGUGGGGGAGGCAGAGGCGGAGACGGGCGCGGCGCCGCAACAGCCGAAGAGACGCAGGAGGAGGAAGAAGAAGAACGGGACUGCUUAGGCGAGGUGCCGACAGGUCUGGGGAGGGUGGAAUACCUCCCGGUAGAGUGGCACACGCGCUUCAAGGGGAGGCUGUACAGGGAAGGAGGCGGGAGCGGAGGUGCUGCGGAGGGUAGUAGCAAGGACCACCCAGGCACGUCGCCUCCAAGCGGCGCCACCAGGAGGCCGAGAUCGGAGGGGGCCCCGGGGCCGGGGAGGGGGGAGGGCAGUGGGGCGACGGGGGCGGGCGGGAGCGGGAGCGGGAUCGGGAGCGGAGGGCUGAGUAUCUGGGACAUCACGCUGCCGAGGGCGCCAACGCUGCGCGCCUUCACGAACGACACGCUGCUGGAUAUUUUGUACUUCAUGUCGCCGGAGUAUCACCAGGUCAUUGUGCAAGAGGUGACGCAGGAGAUCAACCGCAUCCUGGAGUUAUUCCGGAAGCACACGAGGGACUGGAGCGGGAAAGUCUCGAUCGUGGCCCACAGCCUAGGCGCCAUCAUCUGCUUCGACAUCAUGGCCAACCAGCCGAGCGCAGGAGGAGGAGGAGGCGUUCCUCCCGGGCCCGGGGACACGAGGGCCAGCGCCCCUUCCGCAACCCCCGUCCCCGUUCCCAGGAACGGCGGCAGCAACAGGAACACCACCACCACAACGAACGACAGCAAUAACGACAACAACAACAACGACAACCACAGCAGCAGCAGCAGCAGCAGCUCUGCGGAUGGUCAGGGUAGUCCGAACGACGUCGAUGUUGGUAGUCUAGAACAAGGGCGGAGACCGGGGGAGAAGGAGGGGGUGGGGGUCGGAGGCAAAACACCGCAGGAGCAGGGGCAGGAGCAGGAAGGCGAGGAGGGGUGCCUGCGGUAUUACCGAGGCAGCACCAAGUUUCCGGAGCUUUCGGCACGGGUGGAGAACGUCUUCUGCCUCGGCAGCCCGAUCGGGAUGUUUCUGAUGAUCCGCGGGCAGCACCGGAGGCUUGGGAAGGCGUUCAAGCUGCCGGGGUGUCGACGCUUGUUCAACAUCUUCCACCCCUACGACCCCGUGGCGUUCCGGCUGGAGCCGCUCCUGAGGGCCGGCAACGGCGACGUUCAAGGCGCGAACGACGGGGGGGAUCCCCCCCCGGAAGAGCCGGUCAUCUUGCCGACGUGGACCGGGGGAUUGAGGGUGCACUACCAGGUCCAGCGGUGGUGGCAAGACAUAUGGAGCAGGGCAUGCGAGACGAAGAGGAGAGCGGAGGUGGGCAUUGAGCGUUCUCUGGAGUCGAUCGGGCUCAUCGACGAACAGACCGGCGACCAAGACGAUAACGAGAGUUCCGGGCCUCCAGAAAGCCCAUUCAGCCCUUCCUCGUCACCACAGUUUGCGACUUUAUCACGCGAGGGUCACGCUCGUGGAGGAGGGUUCGACAGUGCCGCCGCUGCCCCAACCGCCGCCGGCGGCGACGGCACCAUGGCAACGUUGGCAGCGACAGGGGUGGGCGGUGUUACCCGCUUGACAGUACGUGAGACCGCCAGCACGGCCGCCUCCCAAGCCUCCUUGAACUCCCUCGCCGGUAUACCGGGUGAGCGUCAGCAGCAGCAGCAGCAGCAACAGAAGGAGGAGCAAGAACAGUUACCCGAAGAGGGCCACCGUCACUCCAGGCCAGGUAACGGGGCGGCGACGACAGGCACGGCAGAGCGCCGAGCGGCGCGCGCGGCGUGGCAGAGCGCGGUGAUGGAGGAGGACCUCGAGCGCAACGGGGCCCUGGCGGGCGGCAGACGAGUGGACUACUGUCUGCAGGAGAAGGAAUUUGAGGUGACGAACGAGUACAUCUUCGCGCUGGGCUCGCACGUCAUCUACUGGAGCUCCAAGGACGUCAGCCUGUUCGUGGCUCAGCAGGUUGUGGCCGAUGCUACCGCCGCCUCGGAUACGGACGCUCGAGCACCAGCAACAGCGCCAAGCGCCGCCGGCAAAGCGAAUCAGCAGUAG